ACAUAUUAUACUUUGCCGAAAUAUGGCAGAAUCAGAAGGUGAAGGUAUAAAAGACACUCAAAGUGGUGAAGAAGAUGAUAAGGAUGAUGAUAAGGAUGAUGACAAGGAUGAUGACAAGGAUGAUGACUUCGAUUUCGAGAUCAGACAAUCCGUAAUACACAUGGACUAUCGAUUGAGGUGGAUACGCGACAGAGUGAUGAAAUUCUUAGGAAUAUCUGGCCACGAGAUUCUCUUCUACAGACUCUUAAAUGCAAAUGAUCGAUACUAUGAAGACAAAUUGUUGAACUUCUUAAUACUCGACAUUUACGGCGUGACCGACCUCGAGAGAAAGGUGGUUUACUUUUAUUGUACUUAUCACAUAGAUAUUGUCCAGGAAGAGGUUUCGAUUUGGGAAACCAGCCAAAAUGUUAGUAAAUUGGCCGCCUUAACGGCAUUGGCGAUGAAAGGAAAAAGUCGUAGGUUGAUGCGAGGUAUAUCCGGUAAUUUGUACUUAACAUAAUUACGAUCCUUUUGCAUGCGUAAUUUUGCGACUCGCACAAGCAUGACUUCUGCACACUUUGCAAACUUGAUCCAAGAAUACAAUCACAAUUUCUAUUUCCAU